AUGCCUCCGUCAGUUGGAUUGGUGAACUCUCCGACAAAGGUUGAUUCUAGAAAUGAUUGAAUUAACAAACAGUUUUCAGAACAGUUCUACUACAGCUAGUGGUUAUCGAGCUUUGACUUCUGAUCAAAAGGUUUAGUUUAGCUAUUCUCUCACUUUUCAAACAAUUAUUAACUUUCAGCUGUCACUCAAGAAAGCUAGAAUCUCACUUCACAAUGUCAUUGCUCGAAUGGUAAGCUCUUGAGGGUGAACCAGAGACUAAUACUAAAACAAUUUCGGCAAGUUCGAUUUUCAGCGCAUUUCUGGGAUUUUUUCGUGGCUGAAUUCAGUUUUAAUUACCUAAUUCUUACAAGGAAAGUACCCGUUCUGCGACAUGGGGUUUGAGUUGGGACUAGGGAGGAAUGAAAGGUCCGGGUUUCAUAUCCUAUUUGGGUUCUAGCCGAGUUCUGAUUUAAAAAAAUGUGCAAACACGGUACCUUUUUUCGAAAAUCCUAUGUCGGUUUUGAAAACAGAAGAAUAGAGGCGGCACAUUUGUGUUAUUGACGGGACGAUCGGUCCUCUUCGUGGUCCUCUUAUUGAUUGCUGUCCGCUGCGCUCGGCGGUUGCUGACUGCAUCAUUCGUUGCAACUACGAGCGGUUGAAUUGCGGUGUGACGAACCGUAUGCUCGCAAUUCGGUUACUAUUGUGAACGCAUAGAGCACAAUCGUCAUUGACUUUGACAUGCAGUACGAGUAAAUUUAACUGACGAUUUGCAGUCAGUACAUAUUCGAAUUACGGUGUGGCGAACCGUAUGCUCGAAAUAGUUUUAUAGCCCAUAGAGACAUCAUUUGAUCUCGGAUCAUCCUAUCAUCGCUUAGCAGAAAUAUACAAGAUUUAGAUUUCUAAUGAACGUGCUGGAGCCGGAACGGGCGGACGUAAUCUCAGGUAAACGACGGAACUAUGGAAACGUGAUCGACUCAAACCCCGUUUCGCAGAUCGUGUACUACUCUUGUUGAAUAACAAAAUCUCACUGAAAAAACUGUCACCAAUUAAACAUACUCGUCACAUUUGUUUCAGAAGCAGCUCAACCCCAGCCUCCCUAUGGUCAUGAAAGUUCACGAGAAAGCUGUGGAGAUCUACGGGAUGAUCAACAAGUUUCUCAUCUCUGAUUGCCAAGAAUAUUUUAAGGUAAAAAUUUCUCAAAUUUUCCGGCUUAUCGGGUUCCAUCUCUUUUUUUCAGACCCGCGAACAAUUGUACAUCAGAUCUCUCUGCUUGCUCCGCGACGACUUGAAGACGUUUGCCAAUGCGUAG